CGCUCCUCGCCGCCCCGUGGAACGGGGACAGCUCCCGUCCGAUGUACCCGCGCUGCACCACUCGCUCGCUCCCACUGCACCCGGGAGGGAGUCUGCCCUUGACACAACUCCUCUGCCAGCCUAGAUCGGCCCCUGGCGCUGCUCCAGGGGGGUUAGUCUCCCGCUUUCCAAAGAAGUGCCCCCCACCCCCCAUCCACAGCCACCCACACCCGUGCCCCAGAGUGCUUGUUUCCGCGGCCCACUUCGGGCGGUGCAAACGGGCUAGCGGCACUUCCCCCCCGAGGGGGGGGCGCUAGCUGGCACGGGUCCAGCCCUUCCCGGUGUGCCGUCCCCAGCCGGCACUGCAGCUUGGGUCAUAUGCGCAGGAAUGAUGAGAGAGGCACUUUUUAAUCUUUUCGCACUCGCCUCUCCCUUCACCCAGCGACAGGAUGGCGAUGACAGACCUGCUCAGCGCGGAGGAGAUCAAGGCGGCUGUGGGAGCCUUUUCGGCUGCCGAAUCCUUCUGCCACAAGAAGUUCUUUGAAAUGGUGGGACUGAAAAAGAAGAGCCAGGAAGAUGUAAAGAAGGUUUUCCACAUUCUUGAUAAAGAUCGAAGUGGCUUCAUUGAGGAGGACGAGUUGAAAUUUGUACUGAAGGGCUUCACCCCUAAUGGCAGAGACCUAUCGGAUAAAGAAACCAAGACACUCCUGGCUGCUGGAGAUAAGGAUGGCGAUGGCAAAAUCGGCAUUGAUGAAACACUGGAUUUUUUUCUAAUAAAUGAAUUGUCCGCCUUCACCCUGGGUCCAUCCCUUGGGUCAAGUCUUCAAACACCAGCCUCAUCAAUCACUAGCUGACUAUGGAGAUCCAGCCUUUUGCAGAUGAUGGUAAUGAAUUGGAUAUCCCCUGAGUCGCCUCAGUGUAGUUCCCAGCAGCCCAUAACAGUUCUGAGAGAUGAAGGAGUGGCAUUCAGUGCCGUCUGAAGAUUGAUUUGAGCAUGCCAGGUCCACCUGUUCCUCCUUCAGAAACAUGUCUCAGAUUAGGAAUGAUCUCUCAGAUCUGCUGUUCAGAACUCAUCUCUGCUUCCACACACAAUUCAGGAAUUAUUCCAAUAAUUUAUCUAUACUUCUAGCUAAAUGGAUGAAGAUUUGUAUUUUGGGGCUGGCCUGCCAAUCUAGAAGUGUUGAAAACACGGGGCCUACUCCUGCAAGGUGCUGACCCGUCUCUUGAGAGGUACCGAAUCCCUUCAUCUUUCAUUGGAUUCAGUCAAAAUUGAGGGACCAAAACAACCUCCAAACCCAGGUCCAUGUUACCUAGGAGGGUGACCAUCCUCCAGACCUCAGCUCCCAGACUGAAGGGGGAAUGCUACUGAGGCAACAUAGUCAGUUUCAGGGGAGGUGAGUCUAGCCUUCCACAGUCCCUCAGCUGGAAGACAUCAUAAUCACAUGGUCAGAUUCCAAGGGUGCAAGAGAAAACAAAAGAAAGGAAGCUUUGUACUUGAGAUCAUUUUUUGAUCUCUUAUGUGUGUUAGCUAUUGGACAUAUAAAUCAUACCCUUCAGUUCCUCCAGCUGCCUGACACUGGUAGGUCUGUGAUGUCAGAAGCCAUGUGCUACAGGGAAAAGAUCUGUAGAUCACAACCUUUAUCUAGUACAUGCAUUCAAGCUCCACUCCAGCUGAGGUUCUGGAAAUACUUCUGAUUCUACCAGUCAUUUUCUCAGAACUCUGUCAUGAAAGAUGUUCAGAAUUCAAAUCAACUAUUUGUUGGCCCAAGUUAAAAAAAAAUUAGAAGAAAAAUCAGGCGGGGGUAAAAAAUGCUCCGAUGAGUUUCUCUCUUUUGCACUCUUGUGUGUCCCAAAAUAAUUUAUUACCAGUUUGGAGAGAGAAAUGAUUAGUCUAUAUUAAAUUCACAGAGAUUACCUUUGGUAGUUCAAUGAAAUAACGCAGGGUUUGUGCUGGGUCCUCUGCAAUGUUGAGGAAAAGUCUGCUGAUGGGCCAAAGAGCAUUACAGAAUAAAGUGAAAAUAAGUUUUGCAUAAUUAGAACUCUGGAAUUUGUUUAUAAUACUUAAAUAUGAUAUAUUGGAAAUAUAGGAAUCAUUCAUAGACAUUGUGUAAAAUAUAGAUCGGUUAUUCAUAUACAUAAUGUAUUUUAUUAAAUAAAUAGCCUUGAAUUAUGUUGACGAUAUACAAUAACAGCAUCAAUAUACCUAUAUACUUUAGAAAAUAUCUGGCUAUAACCAUGAUUAAUUUAUUUGCAUUUUAUUCCAUAUAUACUACAUGUUAGAAAAAGGAUUAAAUUCUAAUAUUGCCAAUAUACUGAGUGUGCUAUCUGAUAUACAUUAAACACCGGUUGUAUUCCCUUAUGGAGGCAUGAAAGAUUUUGUCCAUAUGAAGGCUGCGUUUCCCACCAUGGGCUUCCUUCAUGUGAGCAAUCACAAGUUUUUCUCUUUCUGCCCUGAAUAUUCUGAGUUCCCAUCAAAGUGCUUUUUUGCUUCCUCUUAAGCCGGGUUGCGCAACAUUUAACUCAUCAGUCAAACUGUUCCAGUUCACAUACCCACUGCCUGGGCCUUACUCCUCUUUUAUGUUGCAUAUUCUGCACCACUAAUCCUAGUUUGGAUUUAUACCCUACAGAAUAAUUAAUUAAUACAUGUGGAUUUAAUAUAACCCCUAUUGGCAUCUCUGCUGGCCUUUUAGCGUUUAUCAAAACCAUUCUGGAACACCUCUACUAUGUCACUGCGCUUACAUUAUUGACCUCAUUGUUAGCAACUGCUUCCUAAUGUCUAAGAUCCAUUUUCCACACUUUUACAUUUCAAGGCAUUGCUCCUCAUUAUUUUGCACUUCCGUAAAUUCUUCUCACAUAUUUACAGCUGGUUACAUCCCGCAUUUGUCAUAUUUUCUCUAGGUUGAACACGUUAAAAUCCCUUAAGCCUCCCCUUUGUAGAAUAUGCCCUCUAAACCCUUUAUCGGCUUUGUUGCCCUUCUUUAAAUUCACUUCAGUUUAUCAGUAUCUUUUUUAAUACACUGAGGUCCUCAAAACUUUACCCAGUAUUCUCACGUAUCAUCAUCCCAAGUCUGUAUAGAGAGAGGAAUUAUGAUUUCCUUGGGUAAUACAGUAUUCAAAGCUCAAUGUGGUGAGAGUUACUGAGAUGCAAACAUACCUUUCCUGUGCUUUAUAAUCUUUGCUGAAAGAUUUAUUGUUUAACCAAAAUACAAGGAAAAAAAUGCAAAUACAUCAAUUUUUUUAAACCAUUACAGUUGUAAAUACACAGCAAUAAAAGCCACAGGGUGAAAUCCUGGCCCUAAGAAGUCAAUGGGAGUUUUGCCAUUGACUUCAAAGGAGCCAAGUUUUCACCUAGGUUUUAAAGCAGAUGGAAUCUCAGCCUUAGACUUUUAAAAUGUACUGGCCUCUGUCAGUUUGCCAAUUAUUAUUAUGAAUUAUAUUUAAUAUAUUUAUAAUACUGGGGCACAAGUGCUAUGAAAAGUCUUUCAGACGUGCUGCCAGCCACUGACAGAGUGGAAUCCAUCUCACUACAAAAUUUAUAUCCAGUGCUUGCCUUCUUC